UCACUUACUAUGAAUGUGCCAUUUGUAAACAACGAGGUCCACAAGACUGGCCACUAGUGAUUGCUAGCCGGCCGGCCGGCUGGCUCAUCCGGUGGUUUUAUAUCCUCUACAGCAGUGAAGCACCAUCCAUACUGAAGCCAUCAUGAAGCGCAUCCAUCUCCUAAUCUCUUGCACUUGUUUCCUGCUAUCCGCCACUGCACCGGUGAGAGCUGACAUCCAGCGUGAAGCUGCAGCACUAGUGAAUUGGAAGGCUAGCUUGGCAGAUGAUGAUGGCUCCCUUGCAUCAUGGUCGUUGGCCAACUCCACCAGUCUUUGCAGGUGGUUGCACAUCACUUGCAAUCCGAAGGCUGGGCAUAUUAUAGAGCUCGAUCUACAGGACGUAAGUCUGAACGGCACACUUGACGAGCUCGACUUCUCGGCCUUUCCUCACAUGAAGGAACUAAGGCUUAACAACAAUGGUCUACACGGUACCAUUCCAACCGGGAUUGGCAAUCUGACAAGCUUGGUCAGGUUAGAAAUCGGCAGCAACCCGUAUUUGAGGGGCGCCAUUCCACACAGCAUCGGCCAGCUGAAAAACCUUGUUGUAAUGCAACUGACAUUUUUGGGGCUCGAUGGCACACUACCUGAAGAGGUUGGUAACCUGACGAGCUUGAAGAAUCUUCAGCUCAACUCGAUUACUUUGACCAGAUCAAUCCCAGUAACAAUUGGGAUGCUCGUGAAACUCGACACUCUGGAUCUGGCACACAACAAUCUGACUGGCAGCAUCCCAUUGGAGAUUGGAAACAUGACAAAAUUGCUGCUUAUGGACUUUUCGUGGAACUAUUUGGAGGGGCAACUACCCAGUACCAUCUCACAUCUGACAAAACUCCAGUUUUUGGUUCUGUCAGGAAAUCAGCUUGGAGGCCAUAUCUUCACUGAGCUUGGGAAUAGCAGCCUCCUGAAUACAAUCAAGAUUGCAAAGAACAACUUCUCCGGGUUGUUCCCGUCAUCCGUUUGUGAACGAGGAGCAUUGAGAACUAUCAGUGCUGGAUAUAAUGGAUUUACCGGCAUUCAGCAGACCUUUCAAAACUGCACAACCCUGGUAGGUGUUGACUUCACCGCAAACAACAUUGUUGCAGAGCUAAGGGACUGCUUUGGCAAGCACCCACAAUGGCUUGCAUUGAUGGCUUUCAGUCAAAACCAGCUGUAUGGCUCACUUCUGACAGAGCAGGGUGAGGCAUUUGUUUGUAACGUUACUUAUUUAUCACUCUUAGACCUUUCACACAAUGCUUUAAAUGGAGGUCUCCCCGAGUGUAUCGGGGACUUGCCAUUGAUAUUCAUGGAUCUGUCCGGAAACUCUUUCAGUGGUGUAGUUUCGUUCUCAUGCCAAGAUAGUCUUAACCAACUACACCUAGCCAAUAACCAUUUCCGAGGGACUUUUCCUUUGUGUCUUAAGAAAUGCAAAAGCCUUAUCACUCUAGAUCUUGGAGGCAAUCAUUUCUCUGGUAUGAUACCUUCCUGGUUAAGCAGGAGAUUGCCUGGACUGAGAUUUCUUCUACUAUCAUCAAACAUUUUUGACGGCAUCAUACCCCGCCAGAUAUUACAAUUUCGCCAACUCCAGUUAUUGGACUUGUCAAAAAAUAGGCUCACUGGGUCCAUUCCAGAUGAUUUUACCAAUUUUACUGGCAUGAUACAAGAACAAGAACCCAUUGACAUCGAAUACAACUAUGACGACUUUGAUAGAGAGGAGAUUGAAAUAAUUUGGAAAAAUGCCGGUCGUGCUUACAAUCUGUGGAAGGGAGUCAUGGUGGGUAUGGACUUGUCUGACAACUUUCUUUCACAAGAGAUCCCUAAUGGGCUCACAACCCUUCUUGGACUCAGGUACCUGAAUUUGUCAGGAAAUCAUCUGUUAGGCUGUAUUCCCAACGACAUCGGUAAUCUGGUUCUGCUAGAAUCAUUGGACCUUCGGCAGAACCAGCUCUCGGGGGGAAUUCCUCCAAGCUUUGCAGCUUUGAUGAGCAUCACUGUUCUGAACCUCUCGUAUAAUGGAUUGUCAGGGAGGAUACCUACUGGCAGACAGCUGCAGACGCUGGUAGAUCCGUCAAUAUACAGCCACAACCCAGGGCUUUGUGAUUCUCCAUUGGAAAGCUGCAUGAACUCAUCAACUUCUACGCGAAACGAAGUGGGCAAGGCUGGAGAUAGAGAGGCACUGUGGCUGUAUUGCUUUGUGGCUGCUGGAUUUAUCUUUGGGUUCUGGCUGUACUGGGGCAUGUUCUUGUUCUACAGCGAGACCUGGAGGUGUGCGUUCCAUCAGUAUGUGGAUAACAUGCAAGAGAAGGCAACCAAGAAAAUAUACAGCUGCAUGCAAUGCUUCUGGAGCACCGUGUGGUGCUGAAGUAAUGCGGAGCAUAUCUGUAAUAUUUCCCCUGUAUUUGCAAUGUAGUACGUUGGCCCUUAAUGACAGUGUGAGGAAGUGCACGUGUGGUGUUGAAGUAAUGUCGAGCAUGUCUGUAAUAUUUUCCCUGUAUUUGCUAUGUAGUACUUUGAAAUGCAUGGAGUUUUUGUGGUUACAGAUGAGCUUUCCAAAUUUUCAGUCUGAUUGUAUAUUACCUAAGGCUAUUUGGAGGAUCUCAGUAAAUGAGAUGUGGAGUUUUUGUGGUUA